GGCCCCGCUUACCGCCGGCUUGCACGGAGAACCCCACAUCAACAACACUCGCUCUCACCCGCUCUCGCCCUCCUCAUUACACGCCCCGCAAUGCCACCCAAGAUACCACCGCGCCUCCUCCACCGCUCUGUCCGCAUCUGCGCCCUCCGGACCUAUGGCCUCCGUUCCAACAUUGCAACAUGCUCGCGCGCGACACCCGUACUAGUGUGCAGGAGCAGCGGCAACACCAGAACCAUAGCGACACAUUCACACUCACACCAUGCGGCUCAGCUUUCGGUGCUGCAGACCAACGUGGACAGACAGAGCGAUACAUACGCCCAGAAUGUGAAGGACUUUGAGCAAGCGGCACAAAGGAUCAGAGAGUUACACGAGCAUACUGCGAGAGGUGGUUCGGAAAAGGCAAGGGCAAAGCAUGUGGAGAGGGGGAAGAUGCUCGUUAGGGAUCGUAUAACCGCUCUCGUAGACCCAGGAACAAGUUUUUUGGAAUUUUCAGCGAUGGCUGGUUAUGAGGUAUAUCCUGGCGAAGACGUCCCGGCUGGCGGGAUCGUGACCGGUAUUGGAACGGUCGAGGGCGUGCGAUGCGUCAUCGUCGCCAAUGACAGCACCGUCAAAGGCGGUACAUACUAUCCGGUCACGGUAAAGAAGCAUUUGAGGGCUCAAGCUAUUGCACAAGAGAACAGGCUGCCUUGUAUCUACCUAGUGGAUUCUGGCGGCGCCAAUCUUCCGCACCAGGCGGACGUCUUCCCCGAUCGCGAGCAUUUUGGGCGCAUCUUUUACAACCAAGCAAAGAUGUCAUCUCGGGGAAUACCUCAACUAUCUGUAGUAAUGGGGCCCUGCACUGCCGGUGGCGCUUACGUCCCUAGCAUGUCGGACGAAUCCAUCAUCGUUGAGCAGCAAGGCCACAUUUUUCUGGCUGGGCCCCCAUUGGUUAAAGCAGCAACUGGAGAAGUCGUAAGUGCGGAGGAACUUGGAGGUGGAAAGUUGCAUAGCGAGGUCUCCGGCGUCACAGACUAUCUUGCUGUCGACGACGCGCAUGCGCUUGUGCUAGCAAGGCGCUGUGUCAAGAACCUUAACUGGCCUUCUGCUGCUAAAGUCAGUGCAAGAGCCACAGCAGCAACUUCCUCGGGCGCGGGAGCAUUGGCCUGGGAAGAACCGUUGUAUCCUGCCAGUGAUUUUCCAGGUAUCGUUGGAACAAAUUUGCGGCGACAAUUUGACGUAAAAGAAAUCAUCAGCCGCAUUGUCGAUGGCUCCCGGUUCUCAGAAUUCAAGCCGCUCUUCGGGUCCACAUUGGUGACGGGCUUUGCACACAUCUACGGCCAGCCCGUUGGUAUCUUGGCCAACAACGGUAUUCUAUUCAGCGAGGCAGCCCUUAAAGGUGCACAUUUCAUACAGCUAUGUGCGAAGCGACGAGUUCCGCUUGUAUUUUUGCAGAACAUCAGCGGCUUCAUGGUCGGCAAGGAUGCAGAAGCGGGCGGCAUUGCGAAGAACGGUGCCAAGCUGGUUACCGCCGUGAGCUGUGCAGAUGUGCCUAAGUUCACCGUGGUCGUGGGGGCGAGUGCAGGCGCAGGUAAUUACGGGAUGUGCGGCCGCGCCUACUCACCCAGGUUUCUUUGGACCUGGCCUAACGCGAGGACAUCCGUUAUGGGACCGGAGCAGCUCUCCUCGGUCAUGGAAGCAGUUGGAAAAGCAGCCGACCCGUCGCUCAAGUCGCGUAUUGAGCGAGAGAGCAAGGCUACGUUUGGCUCUGCCCGCCUCUGGGACGACGGCAUCAUCCCGCCCGAGCAUACAAGACAGGUGCUUGGUUUGGCGCUGCAGGUUGCUGCAGCCGAGGAGGUUGCACGAAAGGAGAGCGCGGAGGGUGCUACUCGUUGGGGCGUCUUCAGGAUGUGAAGGUUGUUUGUAGGAGUGGAGAGACAAUGCAAGUGUUGCUGUGCACUAUUCACGAGCGCACGAUCUAAAAAAGGCAUCGGUC